ACAAACGUUAAAUCCUUUUAAUUCUUCUUAAUACAACGUAAGUAUCCCUGCAAUUAAAUUAUGAAAAGAAUCCACACUUUGCCAAAAUUGUUUUUAUAAACUGAAUUCAUUAACUAAACAUCUACGACGGAGAGUGUAUCCUGAAUAAAUGCUAUCUAUUUUUAAUCAUAUAACAGCGAGUUAUUGAUUAAGAUUACCAAGCGUUUUGGAAUGGAAGCAAGUUUUUUUUAAAUAUUAUUACGUUGAGUUCCAGAGAGAAGAUAUGGGAUUACGCGACUGUCAAGCUUGGAAAGACGAGAAUCUAGCAAUGUCUUCCACGAGCAAUGAGGCUGUAAAGUUGUAUGACGAUGUCAUUAAUCAAUACGUUACAUGGACAGAAAACCCGCAGUAUGGUGGAAUGGAAGGAACCGUCAUAGCUAUGCUUGAGCAUGAUGUAGAAUUUGUCAUGGGCAACGUCUUAUCUGCAGGGCUUGAUCUUAUGGGCACAGCCCGAACAAUUAGACUUGAUAAAACCUUUAAAAAAGAGCUUGACUAUCUUAAGAGUUUGUCGGAAAAGGACAGGACGAAUUUUCGUGAAAAACUACACUGCAAAGCUAUAUUGCAUUACGCGCACGAGCAAUUCAAACCUGCCUGUGAUACAUGGGAAGAGAUAUUGGCAGAAUACCCAAACGAUCUUCUUGCGUUGAAAUUUGCCCAUGAUGCUUAUUUUUACUUGGGGAAUUCAGUUAUGAUACGUGACAGCGUGGGCCGAGUUUUGCCUUACUGGAAACCGUCGAAUCCUUUAUAUGGAUAUCUUCAAGGCAUGUUUUCGUUCGGAUUAGAAGAGAUGAACAUGUAUGCCAUGGCUGAGAGGUAUGCAAAAGAAGCACUUAGUAAGAACCCAACUGAUUGCUGGGCCACCCAUGCUGCUGCCCAUUGUUAUGAAAUGACAGGGCGUUCAAAGGAUGGUAUUGAUUUUAUGGGCGCAACUGAAAAGGAAUGGAGCAAAGGAGCUAUGUUGGCUUGUCAUAAUUACUGGCAUUGGGCGUUGUAUUAUAUUGAGAACGGUGACUAUGAAAGUGCUCUUGGGUUGUACGACCAACAAGUUGGCAAACGGGUUAAAUCUGGAGCUGCAUUAGAUAUUGUUGACGCGGCUUCGUUACUGAAACGGCUUGAAAUGGAAGGUAUAAACGUGGGUAAUCGCUGGGAACUAGUGUACGAUAUAUGCCGCCCUCAUGUUGAUGAGCAUGUUACCAUAUUUAACGAUGUCCACUACCUGAUGUGUUUCUUAGGUGCACAGAAAAGCAAAAAAGACAUUGUAAAAACAUUUAUGGACUCUGUUAGCUCUUACAUGUCGAACACGAAGACAGAAAACACUGAACUUUUCAAAAAAGUUGGAAAUGAUUUGUUACGUGCAGUCGUUGCGUACAGCGAAGGUAGAUUUGACGACACAGUCAAUUUGCUGUAUCCUCUCAAAAAUGAGCUAGUUACCAUUGGUGGAAGCCAUGCUCAGCGUGAUGUUUUUAAUCAAAUGUUGUUGCAAGCUUGUAUUCAAUCUAAAGACAAGAGAAACAUCAAUAUUGGUCACGCUCUGUUAAAUGAAAGAAAGGUAGUGAAAGAAAAUUCUCCGUUGACCGAUCGAAUGAUAAGUAAAUUCAUAGCGCAGCAUAACUCAGCUGCAAAAUAAUACACAAGUUCUUUUUAUAAGAAAACUAACUAUUUAGUUAAACUUUUUGCAGAAUUUUAACAUUUUGUGUCUAAAAUGUUUCUUAAUUUUCCUUAUUCAAACCUUAAA